AUGGCGGCCGUGGAGCACGCGGUGGCAUUCCUGGCGGACUACACGGAUAUUGCGCAGGAGGCGUGGCUGCAGCUGGCGCUGCUGCUGCAUCGCGGCCCUGACACCGCGCUCGGAUCCGAUGAUGGCGGCCCGGCACCAGCUGUAGUCCAGCGCACGCGCUCAGCUGUGCUAACCUGCCUGCUCAGGAUCGCGUCGUCUUCCAGGAGCACUUCAGUCCUGGCGCAUAUCGUUGCAAAGGUGGCGGAUGGUGUGGCCGUGCAUGUGGCAGACACUAACUCUCUGGCCGAGCGCACAACAGCCUGUCAGCUGCUCCUUGGCCUGGCAAAGCUGGACGCCGAUGCUGUGUGGCUGCUGCUAUUCUGCAUGCAAGCCAACAAAGGACAGAGCGGUGGCCAAGGGGUGGCAACAUCCCAGUCUACUGAUGACAAAGUGCUGGGGCAGCUACCUGAGUACAUUGCAGAGCAGCUGCCAGUCAUCUUCACAAGCAGAAGCUCUAUUGACAAGGAGUUCUUGGACAUCCUUAACUUUGAUGUCAUGCGCGGCGGCAGCUUUGCAGCGGCAGAAAGACGGAUCCAGGCCGCCCUAAGGACGCAGCAUGAGCGCAACCACCUCUUCCUUGAAGAAGUGCGGCCUGCACUGGAGCUCAUUGCUUCAAGGUACCCUCCUGGACAGGGGCCAGAGUACAUCUGGGUGGAUUAUUCUCCAGUGUGUGGCAACCUGUUGAAGAAGAUCUUCCCAACCGUCAAGAUUGUGCUCGAGGACUCAACACAUCUCAUGCGCAGAUACAUGCGCACACUCACACCUGGCCAUGCUUUGAACCGUGUCGGCGCACCAUCCCUCCUCCAGCCUGAGCAUGAGCUCAACAAGGUUAUGAACCGCAUAUGGGUGGACCAUGCAGGGGUGAAUCUGCUUACAGACAAAACACUUGAGGUCCAUGAGUCCUCUCUCAAGCUGGUCAGAAGGGGUGCUGUAUCAGACCCCUUGCCAGUCUCACAGAUGUACUUCCAGACCGCCGAUGGAACCUACAAGGCGGUGAGAGGUUCGAGCAAGUUGGAGGGCUACCACCCGCAUCUGCACAAAGUGCUUCCAGGGACAGGGUACUCGCCUGACCUGGGUGGCAGCCUCGUCAUGCUCUUCAAUGGCCAAUGGUCCCUGGAGAGGGCCGAUGACAAUGAUGUUGGACCCGCCUAUGGCCACUCAGAGCCCUGGAUUGUCAGCAGGUUGCAUGCAGCAGUCGAGUCAGAAUGGCAGUACAAGCUGCCAGAGUGCCUGCAUGUACCAGACAGCAGUGAGGAGCAGUUCGGCUGCGACUACAAGCCACCUAUGGCCUUGCUUGAAACCGCCAGGCUAGUGGAGGAGGAGCUCUUGUCUGAUGCUGACUCAGAUGAGGAAGACGAGGAUGCUGCCAUGGCAGCGCACACGCUCGCAACACACUUCACAGCAGCGACGCGGCAGCGGCAGCCGCGGUGGCUCUCGAGCCGUUGGUGGAGCACGCAGUGGCGGCAACUCCCAGCCUCACAUGUCCUCUGCAGCACCGCUACCGUCGGUCGGGCCAGAGGGCCAGAGGACUACAGCAAGGACGUGGUCAGGACCUGGAAGUGGGUCUGCAAUGAGAAACUCAAGAUGGAGGGCAAGGUCUGCCACAUCUGCGAGCAGGCCAUCAGGCCGAAUGAGCACAUCCGGAGACCAUGCACCUGCGUGGAUCAACAGGAGAAGAAGAAGGGAGCAACGUGCUGCAGAGGAUUUGGCGAGGGCUGGGUGCAUGCUGGCUGCUACAAUGUGCCAAGUCAGCCUGCUCAGGCUGCGCCCAGGAGCUCGCAGCCACGGCGCGAGGCAGUGCUGCGUCGAUCUCAACGGACAGCGCCUGCGCCCACCAGUGAUGCCCAGCUCCUCAUGGAUUAUCACUCCACCCCUGUGCAAAGCCCAACAGGGGGUCGCAGCAAGCAGCGGGGAGCACGGCGGCUCAACACACACGUGGACAAUGCCAGGGCAGUCACGACUGUGGCAGAGAGAAGCCUCUACUUUGAGCUUGCUUCACAACCUGAUGUCAGGACAACCGGCGGCGCAUUCAACUUCACUGUGAUGGCUGCGCGAUUCAAUGCUGCUGUAUUCACCCAGGUGAUUACUUCUGGUGAUUACUUGCCCAAAGUCCUCUCUGAGUAG